CGGAGCUUUGUUUUGGUAAGCUGUAUGCCUCCUGUCUUCUUUGAGUUGCUACUAUAACACAGCUGCCUCUACCUAUUUGUGAAUGGAGUUGUGGGAUCAAUGCAGAAGCCUGCGCAGAAGGAGAGUUCUUUCAUUACUCCGCAAUAAAUUUUAUGAGAAGAAGUUUGGGUAUAGUUCAGUGCGUUGAGCAGAACCAAGUUAGAGCCUGGUUUUCUGAUCUCGCCAAUAGAUGAGCCAGUUGACGAAGUUGGGGCUGGAACGUAUUGAUUCUUCAAUUUGAAGUCGGGGUUUCGAUUUUCGAGGGUAGAGGUUGCAUUGUGCAGUUGUAGGUUGUAGGUUAUAAAGUGCGCGAGAUUGUUACGUAUUUGUGUCGCCAUUCUGUAGAGUUCAGUCUACUUACUGAGGUUAGAACAAUGGUAGAGAAAGCAGCUUCGUUGCCAAUGUAUGGCAAGCGAGGUGGCAACCUCCUUGCUCCUCUCAAGAAGAGCUCCUCUUGCAUAGCCAAGAAAUCUUCGUCGACACCUGACAAAUCUGCUUGUGAAAACAGAGCGUACAAGGGCGUUCGGCUGCGGACGUGGGGGAAAUGGGUGUCGGAAAUCAGAGAACCUAACAAGCGAUCUCGCAUAUGGCUAGGUUCUUUCCCCACCGCAGAAAUGGCGGCGAAAGCUUACGAUGCCGCGGUGGUGUGCUUGAGAGGUCGAUCAGCCACAUUAAACUUUCCAGAUUGUCCUCCGCCAUUGAUUCCUCAGUCAAGAACUCCGCGAGACGUCCAAGCCGCUGCUGCAGCCGCUGCGGCGGCAUGCGCACCCCCCGCCUUCGCCGACGACAAGCACCCACCGAUGGCCACCGUCACAUUUGAGAGCAGCAAAUUAGCCCAUCCCAGCCUCAGCUCUUCCUCCGACGAUGAAUCGCAGGAAUCUGACGACGCUUAUGACGGUGAAGACGCUGCUCCUGCGCUGAUGAGCCCAACCACUCACAUGGAAAUCGCACCCGUGGAAAUGUGGGUGAACACCGAAUUCGGCGAAACGAAAUCAGCACACGACGAGUUCGAAUUCCUGGCAGAAUUCAUGUUGGAUUCCGAGCCCCCCAUGCUGGAGAUCCCGUCAAUUGUUGCGGAAGACGAAGUCAUUUACGAGCCUUUUCUGUGGUCUUACUCUUGAAUUGUUCUUCAAAUUUCGACGCGUAAACUCAAUGACAAUCGCAGUAGAGAUGCUCCACGACCGAGGGCUCGCCUGAGUCACUAAUCGCAGCAGAAAUCCUCAAGGAAUUCUCGAAUCCACUAUACAGAAUCGUCUGUGAAGCAUUCGGAAGCUCGCCCAUCGGCUCACACCAACGAGGACCCUAAACGCCGAGGGAACAAGAGGACUCGUUCACACCGGACUCACCCAAUCGAGAUCAGAAUUAUCUGGAUUGUGUGUGUGAACGCACUGCGGGAGGGGAUCGAACGCCACAACACACGUGGAGGGUUCGGGACCACUCGAACGGACCCCCUCUUGCUGACAUGGCGAGGUUGGCCACGUGUCUGGUCAUAUUUGGCGCCGAACCUAGCACUGGCCACGUCGGAUUGAGGCCCAUAUCUACGUGGAAAUCGCAUUUUGGGGUCGUUGAAGAUACGGCAAUUAGUAUGGGUCGCUCCAAUUUGUAACUAAAUGAGGUUUUAUUUUAAACGAAACAUUUGUUUCUAGGUGAUGUUAUAUGAAUAGUUUGGAGUGGUUACAUGGGUUAUGAGUUGGAUACUACGAAUUAGCAUUAAAAAUACAUUAGGAAAUGGAAUUCAAACAUGGGGGAUUUUCCAAGUGUAUUUGGAAAAUCAAUCCCCCAUGUGUGUGUGUGUGUGCAUAUAUGUAUGGUAGUUUUAUAGAGAAUUAUUAUGUUUUGUGUAACAAACGACAACAUGAUGUUCAAAAAAGUAA